UGGCUUGACGCAGCGGAUGGUUUAACAGUAAAAACACAAACAGCCCAGCCGUGCAUCAAUGAUGUGGUGUGAGGAACACCCGUGGUUCCCGGAGUGUUUACUCUUUGAAACGAGGAGCUUUCUGAGGCCCGGGCACCGCAGACCGCCGCUGACUGCCUUCGUGGAAGCGUCUGUUGAUUUUAGCGUGACUUCGUGACGCGGCAGAAGUUUCCAAACCUGGACACUGACGGUGCGAUUCGCCUUGUUACGGUAAAUCAGGGGCUGGCUGUGGAGAGGGACAACAUGCGACACCGGAGAUGAGCGGGAUUCACCUUUAAUGAUCAAUCAGUCGUAGCUUCCAGCCUCCUGAUUGCAACAUGUGUGAAGUAGCCAUGGAGGAGCAGGGCGGGGAGAUCACGGAGAUGGAUCCGUGUUCCUCCGGAGGGGAGCGCGGGGUGAUGGUGGUGACCUCCGGGGGCCGGGUUCACCCCCCGCUCAGCGUGGUGUGGACCACCCUGCUCUACUGCGCGGAGUUUAUCACCGCCUGCGUCCUCAGCCGCGGAUACCACAAGACCGACGACGUGAUCUGGAUGAGCUUCACCAUCGCCUUCACGCUGCUGCCCGCGGUGCUCAUCCAGUUAACGCUGACGUUCAUCCACAGGGAUCUGGGCCGGGACCGACCUCUGGUUCUGUUCCUGCACCUGCUGCAGCUUGGACCUGUCAUCAGGUGCUUCGAGGCGCUGGUGAUCUACUUCAAGGCAGGCAAAAAGGAGGAGCCUUAUGUCACCCUAGCCAGGAAGAUCAGCCUGGAGAAGGAUAUGGAGGUCACCAAGGAGCUGGAAAUCGGGCAGACGGAGCGGAUGCUGGCCACACACAGGAACGCCUUCAAACGCACCGCCGUCAUCCAGGCUUUCCUGGGCUCCACGCCUCAGCUGACGCUCCAGCUCUAUGCAACUAUCCAGGAGAAAUAUAUCCUCUCUACAAGAUUGGCUCUGAUGAUCAUCACCCUGAUCUCGAUCACAUACGGCGCCCUGGUCUGCAGCGUCCUCGCCAUCCAGAUCAUAUACGACAACUACAAGGUGCGGCUCCGGCCCGGUGCCUACCUGUGCAUGGUUGUGUGGAGGGCUCUGGAGAUUGCCACCCGGGUCACGACUCUGGUCCUCUUCAGCACGGCCCACACCCACUGGGUGAUCCUCGUCGGCUUGGUCAACCUGCUCUUCUUCUUCUUCCUCCCCUGGGUGGAGUUCUGGGUCAGGAGGGGGACGCUGGCGGAGGGCGUGGAGAAGAACUUCUCCAAGCUGGGCACCACGGUGGUGCUUUGCAUGUUCACGCUGCUGUACGCCUGCAUCAACGUGUUCUGCUGGUCGGCGGUGAAGCUCGACUUCACCGACCAGGAGCUCAUCGACAGGAAACAGACCUGGGGUCGCCUGGUCAUGUACUACUCCGGGCGCUUCGUGGAGAACUUUACCCUCAUCACGCUGUGGUACUUCUUCCAGUCGGACUUCUAUGAGUACGUGUGCGCGCCGCUACUGGUGGCGCAGCUGCUCAUCUGCUACAGCCUGGCGGUGCUCUUCAUGCUGCUCUUCUACCAGUUCUGCCACCCCUGCAGGCGCCUCUUUAAGUACAACGUCCACGACUGCCUGCACUGUGUCUGCUGUAGCAAAUCAGGGCGCCGGGCGGGGAGCCGGCGGGGCAACGUGCCGCCUUCAUACUCCACAGCUGCCACCAUGGUGCUGGUUUCAGAGGAGCCUCUGGCUCUGCUGGACCCUCAGAACUCGCUUCCCUCAGACAUGGCCAGGCAGCUAGAGGAGUCGUCAGCCUGAAGGAAAAUGCACCUCAAACUGAAUAAAUCUCUGCUGGAUUUAUGUGCUGCAGUCCUCCUUAGCAACACCUCGCAUACAUUUAGACUGAGACUAGAUUUUUUUGUCAAGGACAAAUGGGGUUUUCCCUGUCUAAAGGACAGGAUCACUAGGUCAUCCACAGUGGGCCCCAGCCUACUGAAGAAUGUAGCACUUGGAGAUAUGCAGCGAUGAACAAAGGCGGCUGUUUAGAGAGCAGCUUUGAGCCAGGUGUGUAUGGGGAGGGGGGGUGUGUGCCAAGCAUGCGUCUGUGAAGCAUCGCAAACACUGACCAGGACAGAUUCAGUUUACCUCCUCAGGGUUUCAAUAAUCCAGUUAAAAAAAACACACAUUUGCACACAUUUACAUCGGCACUGAUCUGACUCCUGAAAAAGCAUGAAACUGAAAUGUUACGCCGUCAUCUCACGCCCAGAUACCAUCAUGAACGGCCUUUUGUUAUCCACAGCUCACUGCCUUUAAACGGGGGGGAAUGUUGUGUCGGUGUUGCGAAACAAAACGUCGGAGCCAUUGUUCUGGUGAGAAAGCGAAAGGUUGUCAGAUAACUGUACGUGCCCUUUGUAACAUAAGUUAUUCACUAAGAAUCUUCUUAUUGUUGCAUAAAAGAAAGAUGGACACCUAAUGAGCUUGUACUUUGAUACUUUGCAU